CGCACCGCAAUGGCGGCUCACAGCAGCAUGAAUGUCAGAAUGUUUCUUAAAAGUUAUUCUUAUUAAAAAAUAAUUAGCUUUUUAAUUUGCACUGUCAUCGUUUGUAAAGCCCAGUCUCGCUUUAUCUGCUUGCUGUCAUUUCUUAAGACCUUUAAAUGCUGUGAAAUCAGAGGUGAUGGCCCUGCUGAAAACCUCCUCCGUAUUCCAGAGGCAUCUCUUUCAGCCACACUUUGUGGGUCCUGUCUCUCUCAGCAUCAGGACUGUGUAUGAGCGGGACUACCGCAGACCAGGCCAGGCUCCGGACACGCGAUGGCCCUGGCAGAAGAUCCGUUUCGACUUUGCAAAAGGUGUGGAGGGAGUAAAGAAGCACUUCGGGCUCCUGAAGGCCGAGUUCAUGGAGCGCUGGUCGGGACCUGAGGGCCGGCCAUUGGAGGUGCACAUGCUGGAGCAGACACGCGUUCUGUGGGAGUUCCGUGGCCCCGAAUCACUCAGUCAGUGGACGGUCACCUCGGACCGGGAGAUCGGCGGGCGGAGCGAGGCAUACGUGAAGCUCGGGAGGAAUAACUCCACCUGCAUGCUGUACGGCUCCCUGUGCUCAGUCGCACCCCGGGAUGGAGAGACACGCUACAGUGGAUACUGCACCAUGCGCUCCAAACAGCCUCUGGCUUCUUUCGACAGGAAAAAGCACUUCGACUGGUCAAACUUCAACACUCUGUAUUUGCGUAUCCGUGGAGACGGCAGGCCGUGGAUGGUGAACGUAUCGGCCGAGACCUACUUCUCUCACCAGAGAGACGACAUGUACAGCUACUUCCUGUACACUCGAGGGGGUCCAUACUGGCAGGAUGUUAAGAUACCUUUUUCCAAAUUCUUCCUCUCAAGCCGAGGCAGAGUACAAGACGAACAGUACCCGCUCUGGCUCGACAAGGUGAACACGAUCGGCUUCACACUGGGAGAUAAAGCGGACGGACCAUUCCAGUUAGAGAUCGACUUCAUAGCCGUGUGUAAUGACCGCGCUCACACUGAGGAGUUUGCAUAUGAACUGUACAAGAGGAACCCGGAGGUGCAACCGAGACGACUGGCAGCCGGAGCUUAAU